AUGAAGGUUGGCAAGCCUCAAUCCAAGCGCGUGCCUGUGCGUCUGCGGCACAAGAUCCAGAAGGCUUCGGCGAACAAACAGCGCAAAGCACGGAAAGAUGCGAAAAAGAACCCACAAUGGCGAAGUCGUCUGAAGAAGGACCCUGGUAUUCCCAAUCUCUUUCCAUACAAGGACAAAGUGCUCGCAGAGAUUGAGGAGUCAAAGCGUUUGAAGGAGGAAGAGAAGCUGCGGAAGCGCGAGUUGGCACGAGCGCAGAGAGAAGGCCAAGCUGUUGCGGACGAAGUGGAAAUUGAGGAGCAAAUGGACGAUGCAGACGAGGUCGAGGAUGAGGUCGAUGAGAAUAUGGACGAGGGUGAGGGCGGUGCUUCCUCAAAUCCCAUGGCUGCGCUCGUAGCUUCGGCACAAGCGAGAGCAAAGACCUACGCACCCGCCGACGAUGAGGACGAUGAUGAGGAUGAGGACGAAGAAGAAGAAUUCUCGGGGUUUCAGGACAAGAGGAAACCAACAUCCACAAAAUCUAAGGCCGGUGUCCGGCCAUCGGCGCCAAAAGCGAAACCACUGCCCAAGUCGGUCCUCGCAGAUCCAAUAAAACCUGUCAUGCGCCUCAUUACGAAAUUGUCUGGCACACAGACUGGGGUCCAGCAGAUAUUGGACUAUUACAAACUGCCUCCACUUGUCACAGCAGGAAGUGACACCACGACGAGAUUCCUCAUAGACGUGGCAAGAAAGAAGGGAAGAUUGGGACCUGGCGGUGUGCCGAGCUUAAACGGUGCUGCGCUGGCUGUGUUGGGAGAUCUGAAUGAAGGCAGACUGAAGUUGGGCCUAAGUACAGAACCUGAGAGAAAAGUGGGUGAUGUGGUUGUGGUGGAGAAAUUGGGAGAAGCCUUCAAGAUUGAGGGACUCUUUGGUGAUGAGGAGCCUUCCAAUGCUGGCGGAGAGAUGGAGGUUGAGGCGUAA